UGACGGUUUCUUCAACGUCGCUGUUCAGGGCCACAGGGCUCAGGUCAAGUUCAACAUUGUCAGAAUGCAGGGACGUCUCUCCACGGCUUCAGAGGCUGAGGAGGUACCUGGGUAAGCACAAGCUGGGUUCUCUGGUGAGCACACACCGAGCUGCCUGCUUCUCCCCAGUCCAAGGAGGCAGCCAGCCGCCAGGACCGUGGCGGGAAGGGGAGGCCGCCAUUACCGCAGUUCCCGCCGGGACCUGAAGCGCCCGGCCGCGACAAGCCCCGCCCCUCGGCGCGCCCCCGCGCCCGCGCGCGCUCCUCGGGUCUGCGCGGAGCCGGCGUCGGCGCGCGCUUGGGCGCCUGGAGAAGACCGAGAGAGGCUGGCGGGAUCUCAGCGGCGCGGCCGCGGAACCUGAGGCGGUCUGGGGCGGCGGCGCUCCGGAUCUGAAGGGCUCCAGCCAAGCGGAGCCCGCGGCCAAGUGGUGCCCGCGGUGCCUAAGCUGAGUGAGGCCGAGGCCGGGAGGCCGUGCCCGGAGUAAGGCAAAAGAGAAUGAAAGACGUAGAUAACCUCAAAAGUGUAAAACAAGAAUGGGUUUGUGAAACAGGAUCUGAUAAUCAACCUCUUAGUAAUAAUCAACAAUCAAAUUGUGAAUAUUUUGUUGAUAGCCUUUUUGAGGAAGCUCAGAAGGUUGGUUCCAAAUGCGUGUCUCCCACUGAACAGAAAAAACAGGUAGAUGUAAAUAUAAAAUUAUGGAAAAACGGAUUCACCGUCAACGAUGAUUUCAGAAGUUAUUCCGAUGGUGCCAGUCAGCAGUUUUUGAACUCCAUCAAAAAGGGGGAAUUACCUUCAGAAUUACAGGGAAUUUUUGAUAAAGAGGAGGUGGACGUUAAAGUUGAAGACAAGAAAAAUGAAAUAUGUUUGUCUACAAAGCCUGUGUUCCAGCCCUUUUCAGGACAGGGUCACAGACUAGGAAGUGCCACACCAAAAAUUGUUUCUAAAGCAAAGAGUAUUGAAGUUGAAAAUAAAAAUAAUUUGUCUGCUGUUCCGCUGAACAACUUGGAACCAAUUACUAAUAUACAGAUCUGGUUAGCCAAUGGGAAAAGGAUUGUUCAGAAAUUUAACAUUUCUCAUAGAGUAAGCCAUAUCAAAGACUUCAUUGAAAAAUACCAAGGAUCUCAAAGAAGUCCUCCGUUUUCCCUGGCAACAGCUCUUCCUGUCCUCAGGUUGCUAGAUGAGACACUCACACUGGAAGAAGCAGAUUUACAGAAUGCUGUCAUCAUUCAGAGACUCCAAAAAACUGCUGCACCUUUUUGAGAACUUUCAGAGCACUGAUUUUUGAUAGACUAAGUGGAAAAUUUGCGAAGAAAUGAUGGUUGUAAGUGGACAUGCAAACCAAAAUUGGGGACUGGAGAAGUCAGACUCACUAGACUUUUGGUUUGAGUACUGUUGAACUCUCUCUUGAUGAGAUGUUUAGAUAAGUACAAGUUAGGAAAGUAGCAUAUGACUGGAAACUAUAUUCAGUGCACUUUCUCCAAAAGGCUACUCAGAAAAAUAGACUUAUUUUCAAAUACCAGUUAUCAGUAUAUAUUAAAUAGCUGUAUUAUUUAGAAUCUUAAUAUGGUAUAAAUUAGCUAAUGUGUUCACAAUAUUCAUUCAAACAUCAUUCCCGGACAGCAGGGAUUUAUUUAAAUGUUAGCUGCCUCAGAGUGUUUAAAUAGCUAAUACGACCGGGCGCGGUGGCUCACGCCUGUAAUCCCAGCACUUUGGGUGGCCAAGAUAGGCAGAUCACAAGGUCAAGAGAUUGAGACCAUCCUGGCCAACAUGGUGAAACCCCGUCUCUACUAAAAAUAUACCUGGGUGUGGUGGUGCACACCUGUAGUCCCAGCUACUCGGGAGGCUGAGGCAGUAGAAUCGCUUGAACCCAGGAGGUAUAGGUUGCAGUGAGCCGAGGUUGAGCAAUUGCACUCCAGCCUGGCGACAGAGCAAGACCUCCUCUCAAAAAUAAAUAAAAUAAAAUUGUGGCCAGGCACAAUGGCUCAUGCGUGUAAUCCCAACACUUUGGGAGACUGAGUUGGGAGGAUCACUUGAAGCCAGGAGUUUAAAAUCAGAAUGGUCAACAGAGUGAGACCCCUAUUUAUUUUUUUAAUUUAAAAAAUAAAAGUAAAAUUGUGUAGCUUAGUAUAGUGUCAAGAUUAAUCUGCCUACUCACAUUUCUACACUUUCUAAAAAUGUAAUAAAGGAAAAUUCUUUCUA